CUGUGAUUGUUUACUGUUUAUUUGUUUCAGUCAAAACCUAAUCAGAUGCAGAUUAUUAAGAGAAAAUGGUAGAUAUUUAACUUCAAAGGCCUUUGCCAUGAGAAAAAGUUAUUUUAAUGAAAAGGAGACAGGGGUGCUACAAGAGGGAAUGAAGAAGGAACCACAGAUGAAAAAUCCUAUGACAGAUCCCAGUAUGAUGACAGAUAUGUUAAAAGGUAAUGUGACCAAUGUGCUGCCCAUGAUAGUGAUUGGGGGCUGGAUCAACUGGGCUUUCUCUGGGUUUCUUACAACUAAAGUCCCUUUUCCGCUCACUUUUCGCUUCAAGCCCAUGUUACAGAGAGGUGUAGAAUUGAUCUCGCUGGAUGCAUCAUGGGUCAGCUCAGCUAGUUGGUAUUUCCUCAAUGUAUUUGGACUAAGAAGCAUGUAUAAUCUCAUUCUUGGUCAAGAUAAUGCUGCAGAUCAGACCAAGGUGAUGCAGGAUCAGAUGUCAGGAGCUGCCAUGGCCAUGCCACAGGACCCUGCCAAAGCUUUCAAGGCUGAAUGGGAAGCGUUGGAACUAUGUGACCAUAAUUGGGCACUAGAGGGCGUUGAAGAUGAAUUGACGUCUGUGACCCCACCACAUCCGGAGACGAUAUUUGUGACGAGGAAUACAUACCAGUGAAAGGAAAAGAUGGAUAUAUCUGGGCUAAAAUUCAGUCUGAAAGCAAACAGAACAUAGGCAGAGUUUGCGACCAGUGUGGAAAUGGAGGCAGAGUAAAUCAAGGAUUUAUGUUGACUUUGUGAUUCCGCCAGACUGCAGACACUUUUUAUGUUCAGAUAUGAAAUAAUAAAUUAUGGGGACAAAGAAUGUCUUUUUUGACAUUAUCAGCUGUAAAAGCUAAACAUAUAACAAUCAUUUCCAUAGUAUUUAUUAAGCCAUUUCGAUCCUAUAAAAGAAAUAUAAAAUAAAAACAGAUUAAAUUUAA